AUUGUGAAUGGUCAUUCAGUAAAGAUGAAGAGCUAUUUCUGAGUUUCUUUCUGUUUGUUUUGAUAAGUAAAUUGCAAAAGUUUAGAAUUAAAUUAAUUGUGAAAUGACCACCGCAAUGAAAAGGCCACAUUCCGCUACAGAAACUAUUGAAGUUUCUCAAAAACCCUCGAAAAAGAUACGAAUUCAAACUACAAUUAAAACGAAUACCGGCAGCAAGCUACUGCAGAUACUUGUCUCUUUGGAUGGCGUACCGGCUGGGCAUGGUGCACAAGGCAGCAAGGAAUUGUUGGAAGUGUUAGUAAAGAUCGCAGAUGAGCUUGUAUUAGAAGACGCACAGAUUGGUGAAGCACAAGAUGUUAUACACCGUCUAAUGGAAAUAUAUCGACAAGAACGUGAUGGAGACACCAUAGUUCGAGUUAAAAUUCUCGGUUUGCUUGCCGAUUUCGCUGAAGUACGUGUACCUGAAGUGGUAAAUGCGCUGGUUGAUGGUAUUAUCGGUGUUUUAAAGCAGGAGCGUUCGCAAAAAGUUAUAGCCCAAGGCUUGUAUAGUUUACAUAAAAUAGGCACUAAAAAUCUAAAAUUAUUACCCUCAACUCAUGUGACGAAAAUAGCACACUUUGCACAGCAACAGCUCACUUCCGAUUCACAUCACACACAUAAAUAUGCCUUGAUGGUGCUGUCAGCUUUUGUAACGCUAAAUGAUGCCAGGAAAGGUGUUAUGGAUUUGAUUGGUCACUAUGCUGACUCACAAGAUUCGGGAGUGCGUGCGCAAGCGUUACGAUCUAUAUUAUGUCUGGGAGAACGUGGUGCUGUCUUGUCACCAACCUUAUAUCAACGUGCUGUAGAAGCGAUGAAGGAUGAUUAUGAGUGUGUACGAAAGGAAGCUCUGCAAUUGGUGUUUCAACUUGGCGUAAGUCAUCCAGAUCACAUUAUAACCGGUGGAGAUGAUGAUGAAGAAAUGCGUUUGAUUGAUGCUGCAUUUGGAAAAGUCUGUGGCACACUAUGUGAUCUUUCGAUACAGAUACGCACACAGGCCGCUGAACACUUGGGUCUUAUGACACAAGUCAGUUCGGAGUUUUUGCAUCAAACGCUCGAUAAGAAACUAAUGAGCAACUUACGACGCAAGAAAACCGCGCAUGAACGUGGUGCGCAACUUGUGGCAAGUGGCGAAUGGUCGACUGGCAAACGCUGGGCUGAUGACGCACCACAGGAGCGACUCGACUCUAAGUCCAUAUCGUUGGUAGCAAGUGGCGCUUGUGGUGCAUUAGUGCACGGUUUGGAGGAUGAAUUUCUCGAAGUGCGUACAGCGGCUGUGGACUCCAUGUGUAAAUUAGCGUUGAGUAAUCCAGAUUUCGCCGUGACGUGUCUGGAUUUCUUAGUCGAUAUGUUCAAUGAUGAAAUCGAAGAUGUACGUUUGAGGUCUAUUUAUAGUCUCACAGCGAUUGCACGACAUAUUGUUUUACGUGAGGACCAACUAGAAACCAUGCUUAGCGCGUUGGAAGACUAUUCGGUUGACGUGCGCGAGGGAUUACACUUGAUGUUGGGCGCAUGUCGUGUUUCAACACAGGCUUGUCUUCUCAUGGUUGUACAAAAAUUACUUGAUGUACUCUCCAAGUAUCCACAAGAUAAAAACUCCACUUUCGGUUGUAUGCGUAAAAUUGGGCAAAAGCAUCCCAAUCUCUGUAUGGCCGUCACUUCUCAUCUGCUGCAAGACCAUCCAUUUUUUGACAGCGCCGAGCGUGAUGUCGAAGACCCCGCAUAUCUUUGCAUACUCAUUUUACUGUUUAACGCCGCUGAGCAUCUGGUAUCCCUGAUCAGUUUAUUUCCUGACGUCACACUCAAGCAUUACGCCUACCUGCGCGAUGCCAUGCCACACAUCGUACCACAAUUACCGAUUGAGGGUGCUUCCACCACGAAGCCCAUAAAUCCACUAAAAGGCGCCGAGAGCUCACGCGAAUACUUGAAUACCAUACUCCAGCAUAUACACGAAAUUUUCAGCAUCGUCCGUGAAAGAGUGCCGCUGCUAAAGACGGCGCAGAGUAACCUUAAACGUUUGGGUGAAAUCGAUCCGGAAAUGUAUGGCACCGCCAACUUCUUGGAAACAUUUCUGGCCGCGCAAAUCCAGUUGGAUCAGUUGCAAAGCUGCACCACCACACAGCGCAGUCGCGCCCCCUUGAAGGAGUCUCUGGCGCAACUCAUACGCAAUUGUCUGAAGUUGCAACACAUCUUCUCGGGCCUCACCUAUGGUGACAUGUUGUUGGUUAAACAAAUUUGCUUGCGUGCCAGCGCGCUCCACCUCGUGCUAAUAGUGCGCGAUCGCUCACAAAGUGCGCUCGGUCCGUGUCAAAUGUUGUUGCAAACAGCAGCCGAUAUUAGUAAUUUCCUCGACGAGAAGGAGGACUUUCAACCAGAUACGUUUACUACAUCGCUACUCUCGCUAUUGGGCAAUAUACCGGAUCCAAAACCGGGUCGUGUAUUUCGUGAAAUAUUGCCGUUGGUGGAGAGCGCUUCACCCGUGCACAUGCCGCCGGCCAACAUCAACAUACGCAUGUGUGUGGCGCGCAUUGUCGAGCCAUGUGCGCAAAUGGCACAGGACAAUGUCAUUAAAGUGACGGCUGGUUUGAUAGCGGCAUUGCCUUUUGUGGCCGAGUUCGAUAACUUGCAGGAGACACAAAUGCAAGAAAUGCGUAUUAAGAUUAAGUAUCCCGAUCAACAUGUGCACACCGUGGUGCCGAAGCUGUCGGACUUCAAGAAGAUUAUGACCGAGCAGGGUGAGCAUGAGACCAGCAUGCGUCUGCGCACCACCAUUUUGCUCUCGCACAGCGUCUGGACGGAGGCUUCAUCGGUGGACAUAACGCUGUGUCUGUCUGUGCGGCCGGGCACUGAGCUGGAGUUGUGUAAGCCGGCUAAAAUACUUUUCGCACCGAAACCCGUACGCCGUGGUAUCUAGUAUGGACAUGUUGAAGUAUUAAGUGUGUAUGCGAAUGUUUGUUGCUCUUUGAUUACAUACCAAUUUGUGUAAUAUUAUACUUUUAGUUAAGGACGAAAUGUUAAAUGUGAACAAAAGUAGAACAUUUAUUUUCUUACAUAAUAAAAAACACUAUAUAAAGAACA